AUGGAAUUCAAUAUGACAAGUCCUAAAAUGUAUACUGAUAUGAAUAUAGGGAAUCAAGCAAUGAAUAAUAAUAAUAAUAAUAAUAAUAAUAAUAAUACAAAUGUUACAUCAUUACUUGUUCGUGAACGUUUAAAAAAUUGUGUAUUAAAUAAACGUAAAAGUAAAGAACAAGGAAUUCAUUCAAAUGAGACAAUAUUGUUGAAUAUGGGUAUUAGUCAACAACAACAACAACAACAACAAACACAACCACCCCCACCACCACAGCAACAACAACAAAGUGAUCAUAUCCUUGAUAAAGAUUUAAUGCAAAUGAAUCAAGAACAAUCUGUUAGUAAUAAUUGUUUAAUCAAUGAUCAUUUGAAUGGUAAAUCUAUACCACUUAGUAACCAAAACAGUACUCAUAGUAACAAUAAUAAUAAUAAUAAUAAUAGUAAUAAUACUAAUGAUAGUAGUUGUAUUACACCAUUAACAAUAGAUGUUGAAAAUCUUUCAUCCCAUAAUCAAACAAUCACUAUGACAUCUUUACCAAUCAAUAUGAAAAAAUCUAAUAUAUUACAUCAUCAAAUGCAACAUUCUUUUUCAAAUCAUGAAACGGAUAUACAUUAUAUGGAUUUUCAAAAUUUACAUACAUCUGACAUGGAAACAAGUAAUUGUGAAAAACAUAUUGAACAACAUGAUCAUUCUAGUCAUGAUCAUGAUCAACAUUGUCAACAACCUAAUAAAUUAAUUGAUGAAAAUCUACGUAAAACAGUAUCAGAGCCAAGUUUAAAAAUGCGUAGUGGUUCUGGUGAUCUAAAUAAUAAUAAUAAUAAUAGUCAUGUAUCAUCAAUAGAUUCUGAUGAACGAUUCACAAAAUCCAAUGGGAAAUCUUUAACACAAUCCAUAUCACCUAGAUCAAAUACUAUACAAGAUGUCAUUUUAACCGAGUUCAUGAAACAAAAUCAAUUAAUCAAUAAUCAGGAAAUAUUAGAAACCAUGAAUACAUGUUGUACUAAUUCACAAUUAAUGGAUUCAUCUCAUUCAUCAUUUGGAACUACAAUUCUUAAUCAAUCUAUAUUGAAUUCAACUAUGAUGAAUGGAUUUUGUGCAAGUUUACCAAAUUUAACAGCACAAUAUCAUCGUACCUCAUCAUCAUCCUCAUCAUCAUUACAAACAAAUCAUAAUAAUAAUAAUAAUAAUAUAAAUAAUAAUAGAACAACGAAUACAACAAUACCGACAAAUACAUCUACACCGACUACACAUCAUGUAACUCAAUCAAGUUUUGAUUGUAAUGAAUUCAAUCCAACUGAUACAACAAUGUCUGAUCUAAUGAAUGAUCAUGUAUCUAAUCCAAUGACACAAAUCAAUAAAUCAUUCUAUCAUCAUUUAUUACCAUAUUAUCGAUAUCAAUCAAUUGGUUUAAUUAGUCGAACUAGAUCAGCACCAUUAAGUUUAGCUACUAAUUCGAAUAUAACAAAUUAUCGACCUAUACAAUUACAAAAUUUAAAUCAUGUACAUAAUUUAACUAAUUCAAUGAAUAUACCAACAUCAGUGACAUCAGCAGCAAAUCUAUUAGCUAUGGAAGCGGCUACAAUUAAUUAUGGGAAUCAACAAUCAAAUCAAUCAAUUAUAGAACAUGAUCAAUUCAAUGGAAUCCAGAAUAAUAAUAAUAAUAACAGUAAUAAUAAUUUACAAUCAACUAUAGAUAAUGAAUUAUCAUCAAGAAGUAAAGUUGUUUUACAAUUACGUAAGAAAAUUCUAGAAAGAUCUGAAUUUUUAACAUCAGAUCGUUCAGGUGUAAACAUGUUGGAUGGUUCUAAUUCACCGAUUUCUCGAAUAAAUCAAACAACUGGACGUGGUAAUCCAUUAUUAGAGAGAACAGCUUCAAGUCCUGUAGUUAAUAUGGCUCCAACAAUACGAUCAGAAACUGUACCUGAAGCAACAUUCACUACAGUAUUAGCAUACGACUUGGGAAUGCUUGCUCAUCAUUGUACAUGCCAAACUGAUGCAAAUCAUCCUGAAAAUCCUCAGCGAUUAAUUUCUAUUUGGCAAAGACUUCAACAAACUGGUUUGGCAGCACAGUGUCAUCAUCAACCUGGCAGACGUGCAUCUUUGGUUGAAUUGCAAUUAGUCCACAAAGAUGUGUAUACAGUUUUAUUUGGCAGUAAUCCAGCAAGCAGAUGUCGGAUUGAUCCAACUCUUUUAGCCACAGUACGUUUAUGUAGGCUAGCCUGUGGCGGAGUUGGUGUAGAUUCUGAUACAGCUUGGCAUACUGCUGGACAUACAGCUCAUGCAGCGAGACUGGCAGCUGGUUGUGUUGUUGAUUUGGCAUGUCGUGUAAUGCUUGGUCAAUGUCCCAAUGGUUUUGCUUUAGUAAGACCACCAGGACACCAUGCAGAACCAGGUCAAGCUAUGGGAUUUUGUUAUUUCAACUCAGUGGCAGUCGCUGCUAAACGAGCUCAAUUCCUUGGUUCAACAGCACUAGGUACUGAACGAAGCUCUGUAAUUUCUUCUUUAGCAACCACCUUGUUUGAUCAAUCAACUUUUCUCCCAUACACUAUGGAAUCCGCACUCAAACCACGAAUUUUAAUAGUAGACUGGGAUAUUCAUCAUGGAAACGGAACUCAAACAGUAUUUUACACAGAUCCAACCGUAUUGUACAUAUCCCUUCACAGACAUGAUGAAGGGGGAUUUUUCCCCGGUACUGGAUCCCCUGAAGAGAUAGGCUCUGGUCCUGGUGAGGGAUUUACCAUUAAUAUUGCUUGGCCAUCAGGAAUAGUUAUGUCUGAUGCUGAGUAUUUAGCAGCGUUUCGUUUGAUUAUUCUACCCGUUGCCUGUGAAUUUCAACCUAGUCUUGUUUUAAUUUCCGCUGGUUUCGACGCCGCUCCCGGUCAUUCAGCCAAUCUCGGUGGUUAUUCAGUAAGUCCAGCUGCUUUUGGUUGGAUGACACGUCUAUUAUCAAUUGAUCGUAUUGCUAAUUCAAAAGUAGUGUUAUCCCUAGAAGGUGGUUAUGAUAUGAACAGUCUUUGUGAUUGUACAGAAGCUUGUGUACGAGCAUUACUUAGAUCAGCAGCUGAAAUAAAUGAAAGAAAUUCAAUACCUAUCAAUGUGCCAGAUUUAAUUCCUUUAAAACAAUCCGAAUUAGAUCGAGUCCCACAUCCUUUAGCAAUACAAACUUUAUUAAAAGUUGCACAAUUACAUUCUGCCUAUUGGACAAGUUUUUCUAAUGAAAUCGAUACACAAUAUGCAUCUAUGCCAGCUAGUAGUUGGUUACCAACACUAUUUGAUAAUUCAAUUGAAAUUAAAGAUAUGAAUUCAACAAAUGAGCAUAUUUCAGUAGUAUCUACAAAUGAUACAACAAUAAAUGUGAAUAAACGUUAUUUAAAAUCAUUCAUUAAACAAACACCAUUCACUGAUGAAUUGAAUGUAAUUACAUCUGGUAAUAAUACAGAACAUAAUAAUCGAUAUUUCAAUUUUGCUAUGCGACAAGCAUCAUCAAUGGAUGAAACAAAUGAAAGUGAAAUGAAACCAAAUUCUAUCAUAAGAAGAAGAAGAAGAUCAACCACUGGUAUUACAGGAUCUAAUAUUAAUUCUAUAUCAUCAAUAGGGGAUACAAAUGAAACUAUAACACGUAUUGCAUUAACACGUUUAGCUGAAUUACAUGUCACUUCACAACCUGAAUAAUAAUCUAUAUAACAUACCGGUUAAUAGUUUAAUGUUAAAGUUGUGAUUGAACCUAGAGUACUACUACGAUGACGACGACAACAACAAUAAAAGAUCAUCCUAAUAAAGAGGAAGAAUGUUGUAUUUGUCAAAUCUCAGUGAAUCCAAUUUAAAUUAAAUCCAAACAUUUUCAUUUUGGUAAUUGGAUCCCAAUACAACAUUCUUCCUGUUUUAAUGUUUCACAUCAAUUUGGCGCCCAAGAUUUCGAUGAUGUAUUUGAAGUGUUUCAAAACAAAACCAAAAACAAAUUAUGGGAUAUUUAUUUUUGUGAGUAUUUCUUAUACUACUUAUUACUUGUAUAUAAAUAAAUUUUAAAAAAAAAUCAACAAAUGGAAAUGAACAUUCCUUAUCUGAUAGGUAAACCUAUUUGCAUACAUAUGCAUAUAUGUAUAUGUAGAAGAAAUUCACAUUUCCCGGUGCCUUAAAACAUUUCGCUUUUCUUUUUUUUCUUGAAAAGAAAAGAAAAGAAAAAGAAAGAGAAAAAAAGAAGAAAAGAAAGUACUACCUCUUAAUAUAAAUCUUGUUCAAUAUUCAAUAUACUUACUUAGUUACAUACUACUGAUAUUUCUGAUAAAAGUAAAACAUUUUUUUCAUAAACUAAAUGAAUAUGUCUGUUUUCUUUCUUUUCUUUUCUUUUCUUUUUUUUGUUUUUUUGUUUGUUUGUUUGUUU